AUGGCAAAGUACCCAGACCAUCCUAUAUGGUACCGUGCCAGACCUGCGGUCCAGCAUUUCUUGCAACAAUGCAGGGCUUGCGAUAACCCUGAGUCCAUAUUUAGAGAAGCAUUCGAAGGUUUUUUCAGGCACGGUAAGGUGGAAGCGUUGUAUGGGAUGCGCAUUGCAGCCACGGCAGGCCAUAUGGAAGCGGCAUAUGUAGUUGGACUACUUGGUAUGUCCGGAAUUGGUCAGUCAAAAGAGGAUGCAUUACAAUUCUUGUGUUCUUUGAAUCAACGUAACAACAUUGAUAUGAAAGGAACCAGGGAUGCUUUGACAGGAAGAUUUCACGGAGCAUUUGUUGCAAGACAUAUCGUAGAUAUGUUUGACUAUGGGAAGAUUAAGUUCAAUCGGUGCAGCGCUUGUAACAACAAUGAAUGGUAUUUUGUUAUUCCAGGCUGGCCUAGUGAAGACAAGAUAAAUCCUGCGUUGUGGACUUGUUGCAAUCGAUGCAAAUGGCACCGUGAGAGUAUUUUUUGGUGCAAACUGAUGCGUGAGUAUGUUGUGCGAGGGAAUCACGUAUUUUUGCAUUAG